AUGACUGUCCCCAACGGAUCCAACGGCACUGCGCCUUCAAACAAGAGCACAUUCCUCUUCACCUCCGAGUCUGUUGGUGAAGGCCACCCCGACAAGAUCUGUGAUCAGGUCUCAGACGCCGUGCUCGAUGCCUGCCUGAAGGAGGACCCACUCUCCAAGGUCGCAUGCGAGACUGCCGCCAAGACCGGUAUGAUUAUGGUCUUCGGUGAGAUCACCACCAAAGCCCGCCUCGACUACCAAAAGGUCAUCCGCAAUGCCAUCAAGGAGAUUGGGUACGACUCGUCCGAGAAGGGGUUCGACUACAAGACCUGCAACGUCCUCGUCGCCAUUGAGGAGCAGUCGCCCGACAUCGCCCAGGGUCUGCACUACGAGGAGGCCCUCGAGAACCUUGGUGCUGGUGACCAGGGUAUCAUGUUCGGCUAUGCCACCGAUGAGACCCCAGAGCUCCUACCCUUGACCGUCCUUCUUUCCCACAAGCUCAACUCUGCCAUGACCGAGGCCCGCAAGAACGGUUCCCUUCCCUGGCUGCGACCCGACACCAAGACCCAGGUCACCAUUGAGUACGCACACGACGGCGGCGCUGUCGUCCCUCUCCGUGUCGACACCGUUGUCGUAUCUGCCCAACACAGCGAGGCCAUUACCACCGAAGAGCUCCGCAAGGAGAUCAAGGAAAAGAUCAUCAAGAAGGUCAUCCCCGCCAACCUCCUCGAUGACAAGACGGUCUACCACAUUCAACCCUCAGGUCUCUUCAUCAUCGGAGGUCCCCAGGGUGAUGCCGGUCUCACUGGCCGCAAGAUCAUCGUCGACACAUACGGUGGAUGGGGAGCCCACGGUGGUGGUGCCUUCUCCGGAAAGGACUACUCCAAGGUCGACCGCUCUGCUGCCUACCUUGCCCGCUGGAUCGCCAAGUCCCUUGUAAAGGCCAAGCUCGCUCGCCGCGCGCUUGUGCAGCUUUCCUACGCCAUUGGUGUCGCCGAACCUCUCUCCAUGUUCGUCGAGACCUAUGGCACCUCCGACAAGUCCUCAGAAGAGCUUGUCCAGAUCAUCCGCAACAACUUUGACCUACGACCCGGUGUCAUCGUCAAGGAGCUCAACCUCACCAACCCCAUCUACAACCAGACCGCCAAGAACGGUCACUUCACCAACCAGAGCUUCACCUGGGAGCAGCCCAAGGAGCUCAAGCUCUAA